GAAUGCGGGUGGGGCACCGAGUGAGGUUAGCAAUCAACCUCCCCUCCUGCGUACAUCACGUGACUAGUAGACGGCGUACAGGCGGGUCACUCGGGGAUCAUCCUUACUCCUGCACACUUGUAACCACAGAGACUUUCACCUACUCAGCUCCUCCAGCCCUCAAUCACCACACACAUCGGCAUUCUGUUGCAGAAUCCAAGAUUCGUACUCAUGGCAUCCGCGUUCUUCUCCCCGGAUCCAGCUUCGAGCUCGAAUCUCACCCACAACUGGUCAGAAAAGGACGUCGAGGUCGCUUCCAUCGCUGCCAUCAACUUUUCGAGAGCUUUCUACGAGAGCUAUGAUAAGCCUGCGGAUCGAUUACCGCUUCUGGCACCCUUUUACCGGGAGAGGUCGAGCUUGGUGUGGAACGGCAACCGAGCACAAGGAAUAGUCGAGAUCGGAGAAGCGCUGGCGAGGGUACCGCCGAGCAAGCACGAGAUCGUAGCGGUGGAUAGCACACCGAUCGCAGGAACGUCACCACCAAGACUCCUUGUGACCGUGACCGGCAUCGUACGACACGUGGACCCCUCGAAAUUGACCUCGCAAACCAUCUCCGCUCGAUCACUACCACAACAUACCACCGAAACUCUGCCUACCACUUCCCCCGCUGGUACCGAGAUCGAGUACGUCAUCCCGCACUCGGUGAUCUCGCCUAUGGUUACAGAUGCGGGAGGAUCGGGCAAGAACAGGGGCAAGGAGAUGAUGGACGAGGCGACUAUCAAGGGGUUGCCGAGGACGUUUGUCGAAGUGUUCGAAUUGGUAGCAAACGAGGAAGGGACGGGAAAUGAGAACCCGCAGCCAGGCUACCACAUCCUGAGGGAUACUUUCCGUUUCGUAGGCUGAGGGCAAGGAAAGAGGAGAAGGACACGAAGCGCAGAUGAGGACUGUCUCAAUACGACAACACACUGUAUACAACACGAUAGAUGCGACUGUGCGAAUGCCAUGCAUUUGGGCCAACAGUGAAUCACUUCAAGUGCGCACAUGAAUGCAUAUUAUGAUGGUCGAGGUAGAAUACAGUAGGGUUAAGGACGAAUCUAAAGUUG